AUGAUAAUGGUUGCUACUAAUCACCUCACGGCACCUAUUCCUACCCAACUCCCUGAACUGAAGCCAGAUACAUACUUUUCUCAGACGCAAUGGCAGAUUCUCCUUGCAUUAGUCGAUGCUGUCGUCCCGUCGAUUGUCGCAGACUCAGAAGUAACAGACAGGAAAAAUCACCUGCAAAUAUCUAAGUCUCAAUUACAGGAGUCAUAUGAGCGUAUACAGAGUUCUAUGAAAACCCCGCCAGACUAUGAGAAAUUCCAGCAGUAUCUUCAAACGCGUCCCUUGGACAACCCGCGAUUUUUGGUAGCAGUCAAGCGCAUACUUGAAGGCAUUCCAAAUAGUAAUAGAAAACAACUCGGCGCUAUCCUAAAUAUAAUGGCUACUCGUCUGGGGAGCCUAGCUGCAACGGGGUAUUAUACUCCUGUAAACGAACAGCCAAUUCACGUCAGGGAGUCAAUAAUUCAAGCAUGGAAUCACUCGUGGAUGACUGUUUGGCCGAUAAUCGGAAACUCAAUUACCAGAAUAGCCAAGGUCUGCUUUGCUCAAACAGACCCCUUCUUUCGUGAGUUGAGCGGCUACACCGAGGUUACCGACGACUAUAAGCCCGGCCCGUCGUUUGACUUCGACUUCAUGCAGUUCGAGGCCGGAUCUGAGAUAGAAACCGUCGAUACCGACGUCGUAAUCGUCGGCUCGGGUUGCGGAGGGGCAGUCUGUGCCAAGGUCCUUUCCGAAGCUGGACACAAGGUGAUUGUCGUCGAUAAGGGCUAUCACUUUCCCUCUUCCCAACUACCGAUGACAGCCGAAGCGGGUGUUAGAUUUCUUUAUGAAGGAAAUGGUGCCGUACAGAGCGUGGACGGCUCCGUGACCAUCCUUGCUGGUAGCUGCUGGGGCGGAGGUGGGACAGUGAAUUGGAGUGUUAGCUUACACCCUCAGGGGUUUUUACGACAAGAAUGGGCGGAUCAGGGCCUGGACUUCUUCACCACGCAAGAGUUCCAACACUGCAUAGAUCGUGUCUGCGACUUUAUGGGGGUCAGCGAUGCCCAUAUACGCCAUAAUCAUGGGGCAAAUGUCAUUCUCAACGGAUCAAGAAAGCUGGGCUGGGCUGCCAAACCAUGUCCGCAGAAUACAGGAGGCGCCGAACACUACUGCGGCCAUUGUGCUACCGGUUGCGGAUCCGGCGAAAAAGAAGGCCCCUCUGUCAGUUGGCUUCCGGCUGCUGAAAGAGCAGGCGCGAAGUUUAUUGAAGGUUUUAAUGUCUCCGAGGUGCUCUUUGACGAGACUCGUGGAUCGAAGACGGCGAUUGGUAUAUUAGGAACGUGGACAUCACGAGAUAAAGAUGGAAAUAUCCAUACGCCCGAGUCCGAGAGAACUCAGAGACAACUUCGAAUAAGAGCGAAGAAAGUGAUUGUAGCUUGUGGUACACUCAAUAGUCCACUGUUGUUAAUGAGAAGCGGGCUGAAGAACCCCCAUAUCGGUAAACAUCUUUAUUUACAUCCAGUCGGUCAAAUGAAUGCCUCUUUUGAUGAGGAUAUUAGAGGUUGGGAAGGGGGUAUCUUGACAAGUGUUUGUACUAGUUUCGAGAACCUUGAUGGGAAAGGGCACGGUGUCAAAAUUGAGCCGACGAGCAUGAUUCCCCAUAUGUUCCUGCACGGACACCCUUGGCGAAGCGCGCUGCAGUGGAAGCUAGAUCUACUCCGUUGCCGACAGAUGAACAGUUACAUCGCCAUAGCCCGCGAUCGCGAUACAGGGCGAGUGUACCCAGAUCCGGACGAUGGCCGGCCCAUCAUUGAAUACUCACCCUCAGCCUUCGACCGUAAACACAUAUUAGCCGGAAUAAUCGCCCUGGCAAAACUAUGCUAUAUUGAAGGCGCAACCGAGAUAUGGCCGUUCGUCAAAAGUAUGCCGUCGUUCGUACGGCGUUCCCGCUCAACUGACACCACGCCAAAAGUAGAAGCAGACGAACUAGACGAUAUCGACCAAGGUAUCAACGACCCAGACUUCGCCGCCUGGGUCAAGACUCUCGAACGGACCGGGCUUAACUACCCGGACGCGACCUUCUCGUCGGCACACCAGAUGGGGACAUGCCGUAUGAGCACGCACCCAGCUGGCGGCGUCGUUAACCCCGAGGGUAGGGUCUGGGAGGCGUGCGGCUUGUACGUGGCGGAUGCGAGCGUGUUCCCGACUGCGAGUGGCGUCAACCCCAUGAUUACCAAUAUGGCUAUUGCAGAUUGGAUCGCCAGGCGCGUCUCACAGGAUCUGAUAAGAGGAGAUCAGAUUCGCGCCGCUUUGUAA